CACACUCAGUCUGGGUCUCAGCCAUAAUAAUAAAUAAUUAAUUUUACUCCUUGAUCAGCUUCCUCUCUGCAAAUAUCCAGCUUCUCAAAAUCAACCAUCCCAGAAAAAUAGAUAACCCAGCUUGACAUCCGAUCAUGAAUUACGUUCAAAUGGAAAAGCUUGGCGAGGGGACCUACGCCACAGUACAUAAGGGUCGCUCUAGGAUCACCAACGAGAUCGUCGCAUUAAAGGAGAUUCAUCUCGAUGCUGAGGAAGGCACCCCUUCAACUGCGAUCAGAGAGAUCAGCCUCAUGAAAGAACUCAAACACCCCAACAUCGUCAGACUAUACGAUGUCAUUCACACCGAGACUAAGCUGAUGCUCGUCUUUGAGUUCAUGGACCUCGAUCUGAAGAAGUAUAUGGAUACUCAUGGUGAACGAGGCGCUCUAGAGGCUCCGGUCGUACGAAGUUUCAUGUACCAGUUACUCAAAGGUACUGCCUUUUGCCACGAAAAUCGCGUCCUUCAUCGGGAUUUGAAACCUCAAAACUUGUUGAUCAAUAAGCGAGGCGAGCUCAAGCUGGCUGAUUUUGGCCUGGCUCGUGCCUUUGGAAUACCCGUUAAUACCUUCUCAAAUGAAGUGGUCACCCUAUGGUAUCGCGCUCCCGAUGUCCUGCUGGGUAGUCGGACCUAUAGUACUAGUAUUGAUGUUUGGAGCGCCGGUUGCAUUAUGGCCGAAAUGAUCAGCGGGGUACCCUUGUUCCGAGGUCGGGACAAUAACGACCAGCUUACCCAAAUCUUACGGGUCCUUGGCACACCCGAUGAAGUCACUUUGAGGCGCAUCCAAACUGAAUCGCCUGAGAUUCAACUCAGACCUUUCCCUCGAGUAGCUAGGAUUUCGUUCCAAUCGCUUUACCCUAAGGCACAUCCAUUAGCCGCCGAUUUAUUGGAGCGGCUAUUGAAGUUCGAUCCUUCCCAACGCUUGUCCUGUGAAGAUGCCUUGAGUCACCAGUAUUUUCAGUCAGCGCCUGUACAAAACCAAGCAGCUGCUCAACCGCGGCAGCAACCCGAUCAAGCAAAUCUUGCUCAGCAAGCAUUGCAACAGCAACAACAGCAACAGCAACAACAACAGCAACAACAACAACAGCAACAACAACAACAACAACAACAGCAGCAACAGCAACAGCAACAACAGCAACAUCAGCAACAGCAACAGCAACAGCAACAAUACAUGCACGCACAAAUCCAAGCGCAACAAUAUGCUGCUCAAAUGGCUGUGCAGCAGGGUAACGGAGCCUCGUAUAGCUAUCAAUGAGCUUUACGAUAAAAAUGACUUAUAAACAAGAAAUGCCGCAUAGGAUGUACCAUGUCCAAUAAAAAAAUGUUAGUUUCAACUCAGAAUUCAACUGUUGUCCACUUCAUUUACCACUAUUCUCCAAACCAUCGCAUCUUCAACUGUUAUUAUCCAUGUGCAUCAAUGACAUUUUUCUUUUAUUUGAUGAGCUAUCCUCCUUAGUAUUACAUUUGAUUGAUG